AUGGGUCUGAUCGUGCCGUUUCGGGGCGCUCUAGACUCGUGUCACACCGAUCGUGCACCCUGUCAGUGCGUGCGCGCGGUCCGGCUGCGGGUUCUUUCCGUUCAGCCACGGUGCCGUGGCUGGACGCAGGCGCAUGGGCUGGAGAUGGAGAGGCGAGGCCGCCUCGUCCUCGACACCAGCACCGGAGCGCGCUGGAUCGUGCCCCUUCCUCCGGGCGCGACGCACGGCACGACGCUGACCAUCGCUCGCCCGCCGACGGCCGCCCCCGACGAACACAUCGUCCGGGUCGUGCUCAUGCCGCCGCCGGGCGCGGUCGGCGCGGUCGAGGCCUCGCCGCGAGCGGCCGCUUCGUCCGCUGGUGCACUCGCAGCCGACAGGCUCGCAGCGCGGUGGCCGGUGCUCGGCGCGAGGUUGGCGAUGCCGGGCCGGCCGGAGGGUGGCGAUGAUCGCUGUCGUGCGCGGCCGACAAAGCGCACGGAACGCCCAAUUUGGGCUGGAAAUGCCGCCGCCACGGGUUGGCCCAGGACGGGGCUUGGGACCGGCCAGGUGUGGAUUCUCCACGGCGCUGCGGUGUAUCUGCGCGCCCAUGGCGCGUUCAGGGGCGGCCCGUUUUUAGCAAAAAGCAGAUACCACAUCGCGUGUGGUCGUCGAAAAACCGCAUGUUCGCCCGUCUGGGACCUCUUCGUACGGCUCCAAAAACCGGAUCCGCUCCUUAACGACGACUACGCGGCCCGGCGGUCGAUCUGCGCCUUCUCAGCGGUGGAGGGGAUGUGA